AUGUCAACCAUACCAAUAUCAUCAACUAGAGUUAAUUCAGAAAAAAGAGUAUUAGAAAACCUGUCCAAGAUGACGGAAACAAAAAAUGAUGUUCACGAGACGAACAAAGAGAGAUUUGAGCGUGCUGCAAAGAUUAUUAUUGAAAGACGUCAUUGUACACAUAAACAGCAUAUUGCUGCAUCAAAAUGGCAUAAGAUGAUUGGUCUAUUGAUAAAAGAAAAAGAGGCCGACUUUGAUGUCUAUGAUGAUCUUGGACGAUCUCCCUUGCUAGAAGCAAUAGAAGGCAAACAUGACAGAAUAAUUGAUUUCCUCACCAAGAACGGAGCCAGAUUAAGAAAAGAAGAUAGUGGGCACUUUUUAUGUUUGGCGGUGGCGACUGAUGAUGUUGGUUAUGUUGGACAACUCUUAGAGUGUGGGAUGGUAGCCGAUUCUCAAAACAAAGACAACCAAACUCCACUUCACAUUGCUGCAAGAUGA